CUUAGAUUCCCGAAUGUAACCUUGGGCCAUCAAGCCGAAUCAGCCGCGGCUGACAAGGCUUCCCAUGUCCUGUACAAGUUUACGAGCCGAUCCAAUCUGUGCGGCACCGUUAAGACUCAUCUGUCCUGCUGAAGCAAUUUGCCGCGGCAAUCUUUUACAUUUUGACUCCAUCAUGUCGCUCGAGGCAGAUCUCGAGGGGGACUCUGGGGAGCGGAGUGUGCAGGGCAACAACAACAGCAAUAACGGGGCUCAACGCAAUCGAUCACGUGUGGCGUGCCAGAGCUGUAAUCAUAGGAAAGUGAGAUGCGAUGUUACUAAGACGGGCAUACCUUGCUCGAAUUGUCAGGAUCAUGCGUCCAUUUGCGAAGUGCUGCCACGCAAGAAGCACCGGCCCCGCAGAGCACGAAGUGAACUCCAGAACUCACACGUGCAUUCAACUCACGACAACAACGAGCUGGAGCAUGCUCAAGUACCAUCAAAGCAAAGUCAUUAUAAUCUAACACCGAACCCUCAUCCACCGCCGGUCAAGGAGGCAAUCCUUUCUCCCAAUGCCAACAGGGCACACUCUCAACCUCAACUGCCUCUUCCAGCCAACGAGCAGACACCUGUAUCGAUAGCCACAAGUAUCGACAGCCAUAUCACGAAGAAUCGUCGGCCCAGCCCUGAGACCGAUGGCUUACUACCAGAUGACAGUUCCAUUUCCUACCUAGGUGACCGCCGCGGUCCACGAUUUUCAGUCUACGAGCUAUGUCACCCGGCUCCAGCCCAAGAGGCAGUACCCUAUCUCCCUUCACCAGCGUCCAAAAGCUCAUGGAAGCCUUCGGAACUUCAGUGUUUGAGGGACGUAGGCGCAUUCGCCAGCCUCCCACGCGACGUCUCAGACGAAUUGGUCCGGUCAUAUUUCCGACAUGUCCACUCCUUCCUGCCCGUGAUCGAUGCUGCAAGCUUCCUGAACGAGUACGUGAAGAGCGGGACCCAAAAUGUCAACCUGCUGUUGUUUUGGAGCAUGGCUCUUGCUGCAACCAAUUUCGUUGGUGCCGAAGUGUUGGCGAAGGCCGGUUACACUUCUAGGAAAGCGAUGAAGGUUGCAUUUUAUGCGCGUGCCAAGCGUCUCUACGACUUCGAUCGCGGAACCGAGAAACUCACACUCAUUCAAUCCGUCUUGUUGAUGGGAUUUUGGUAUAGCGAUGCACAAGACCAUACCGGAGCAUGGUACUGGAUCGGAAUUGCAAUCUCUCUUUGUCAAAGCCUUGGCCUCCAUCGACACUCCCAAGCCUUACGCUCGGGUCAACGACAGCCAGAAGAGCUUCGACGCCGGCUGUGGUGGACAUGCGUGAUCAGAGACCGAUGGGUGUCCCUGGCCAAAGGACGCCCGAUGCGCAUCCAUCAGGAAGACUGUGAUGUCUCCUUACCUACCGCUGAAGACAUCAUUAAAGAGAUGAACACCAUCUCUUUGCAAGCCCGGGAUACGUACAUGCCACCAGAUGCCGAGAUACUGGCGAGGAUGUGGACCCGCUUCGUCAACAUCAGCGCCGUUCUCGGAAGCAUACUACGUGUUCACUACCGAGUUCAGGGUCACAAGCCGGACGUUGACGAGAUCAAUGUAUAUGCACAAGCAUUGGAUGGUUGUGCCGAUACGGAGAAUUUGGCGAAUCACUUCAACCACAACACACGCCUCCACGCCUACCAACUCGAACUAUUCUAUCAGGCUACAAUCGCUAUACUAUACCGCCCUUACCUCUUGGGCGAGCCUCCAGCCAUGUCUCGUGCAGAACAAGCAUCAUGGCAGAAGACGGCCAUGGAGAAAGCCAGGUCAGCCGCUUCGAGCACCAACCGCUUUUUGGAGAAAAUCAUCGAACUCAAUGGAGUUCAUCUCUUGAAGCCCAUGAUCAUUACCUCUUUGAUACCAGCAAUGCAGAUACACCUGUUCGACCUCAAGUCAGCCAAUCCGUUGGUCAAAGGUCUUGCCAGCACUCGGCUUCGCCUUUGUAUGCUGAUACUUCUGGAGCUUCGAGACACUUAUUGGAGUGCUGGCGUUAUGUACCGGCUGUUCGAGCGCGCGCAGCAGAUCCUUGAGGCGUCAAGCACUGUUGCUAGCCAUGGCGCUGGAAAAGCGAGUCGCCAGUCGACAACUUCGGAAUCGUUAUUGCCGGACCGCGCCCAAGAGUCUCCAGAACUGCGACGACAGCACUUCCCACAACAAAAUGUUCCGCUUGCCAAUAUGACCGAGUCGACUCUGCCCAUGGCCAAUAACUUUGCGCCAAACAGGCGGUGGCCUGGCCAGGCCAUGUUUAAUGGUAUCGAUCAGCUGCUUAGCCCGGGCUUCACGGUCUCUGAGGACGCUUUCGAGAAUUUGUUCAUGGGCUUUGACGAUGGGCUAGGGUUUUACGAUCCAGGAGGGGCUGUGCUCAAUGGUGGAGCAGUCGACCUGAUGUACAAUGGUUGAAAAGUUUUUGCGAGCAGUCGACUUAUACACUGAUACCCAUAGCGAAGAGGUUUCCGAUUUUGUAGCCUUUGCUCGCAGAGGGAACGCCUUCAGCCUUCGAAAUCUCUACCAUACUGUCGAAGACACAGCCACAGCCUGGUAAGUUUUGUGGGUACCCAUUACCUCAACUCUUGCAAUCGAGUGCUGGAGCAUUAUCGAGAGCUUCUCAAACAUCUACGAGACCGCACCCAGGGCACAGGCGAUGUCAUCUUGACGGAAUCGGCCCCAUCAUCAACAUGUGCAAUCUCCAU